AUGCUUCUAUCGAAUGAUGCAACAACGCAUUAUUAUUCAUUUUGUGAAAAUGAUGUUUUUGAAGAAGAUUGUAAUUGGUUUUCUACCGAAAUAACGAAAUCUAUUAAGGAUCAAUACGUAAAUGAAGAAGAAAAGAAACGUAAACGAAAACCAUACAGAAAAAUCUUUGGUAAAUGUCCAUUAACAUUCAAUGGAGCAUAUGGUCUUACUCAAGCAAAUCAUUCUAUUAAAUUUUGUUGCUAUGAAAAAAAUUAUCAAACCCAAUUAUAUAAUCAUUUCAUUAAGAAGCAUAAAUUAAAAGAAGUUUGUGCUCAACGUUUGAUACAAGCUAUUAUCAGUAAUCAAGAUCCUAUGAUAACAAAAUUAUUUAAUGAAAAUGAAAAUGUAAUUGAUCAAUUUUAUAAUGUUCUAUGUCCUUUUAGUAAUGGGCAAAUUAAUUUACCAGAAAAUAGUCAACACCGUGGGACACAUAUACCAUGUCGACGUCGUAUAAUUCCACUUAAUGUAUUAGAAUGUCAUUUACAAUAUCAUCAUAAUAUUUCUAAUCUAUUGGCGCAAAAAUUAGUUAAUAGUUUCAAAGAAAUUUGA